AAUCGAUCGUCAUCAGUUGACAGUUGUCUGUCUUUCUUCACGGAAAACGCUAACAAGUACGAGGAUCAGAGCAUCAUGAAGAAGAGACAGAGUGUAUUAAAGGACAAAGAGAACAUGAGAGAUCUAGAACCCUGCAGAACCAAACACACUGAAGAACAAACAGACCUGAUGGAGGAGAAUGAGGAGAGUGACGAGCAGAAGCAUCAUCAUGGUACAACGAGAGAAAAAACUUGCUCACAGACCAAAAGAGUUUAUUUACGGAAAAGAAGAAAUAAGAAAGGUUUCACCUGCACUCAGUGUGGAAAGAGUUUGACAUACAAACACAACCUCAAUGUUCACAUGAAGAUCCACACUGGAGAGAAACCGUUCACAUGUGAUCAGUGCGGGAAGAGUUUCACACACAAAGUAACCCUUCAGCAACACAUGAUCCUCCACACUGGAGAGAAACUGCAUGAAUGUGAUCAGUGUGGAAAAACAUUUUCAUGGGCUUCAGGCCUGAAGCAGCACAUGAAAGUUCAUACAAAGGAGAAACCACACUCAUGUUCUUUCUGUGGAAAGAGUUUUUCACAACUGAACAAUUUAAAAGUUCAUCAGAAGAGACACACUGCUGUGAAAGAAUUACAUGUGCUUUGA